GAGGACUGUUGGCAUAGCAAAGUUAGCGAUGUGCGCUCCCAGCUUCGCUUCCUGGAGGAAGUGGAGAGUUUGAAGAAGAAGAGGAAGGAUGACGAGGAGAGAGAGAGGCUGCUGCGAUUGGCCAGAAGUCGCUCUCACACUGAAGACCCACAGCUUCUGCUGCUCAAGCAAAGAGCCAAAGAGAUGCAGCAGAUGGAACAGGCUCAGGUUCAGCAGAGAGAGGCCAACCUCACGGCUCUGGCUGCCAUCGGGCCCCGCAGGAAGAGGCCCCUGGAGCUCACUGAGGGCCAGGUGCCUGUGCUGCCCAGGCAGUGUGUACAGAGAGUGUCCCGGGUCAUGCUGAGGGACCUGCUGCUGUGUAUGGAGCAGGAUCGCUUCCUCCGCCAUUCUCUCACCCUGUACAAAGCCAUGCUCUGAGUUGCUACUUGUGAUAAUUGAAUUGCUUUCAUUAUUAUCCACAGUAAGUCUUUAGUUUUUUUUUUUGCACCUGGAUUAAUAUCUUUCUGUUUAUCUACUAUUUAUUUUGAAUACGUUGUUCAGAACGUAGUGCAGGAGUGUUGGAAAGCAGCUGCUCUCUUAAGCACUUACUUGCUUUUGUUGUUAAUUAAUCUAUGAGUAUGAUUUAAAAAGAUGAGUUAAUAAGAGCUUCUAGGAAACACUAAGUGUUCUAUGAACAGUGUUGAAAAAGUAGAAGUAUUCUCAGUUGAAUUUUUUGUUUUUCGUGUAUUGUUUGACCAUUAAACAUUUUUUUGAAUUCAUCACAUCCUGUUAUCUGUAUUAUCAUCGGUUGUUUUGAGCUAGAGAAGCUCCACAAUGUUAAAAAAAG